AUCUCAAAGCAAUAUCAGCUGUUUCGUGGAACACACAUUCAAGCAUUGCAGGUGUUAUCUAUUGAAUCACCUCUAUAAUAUGAUUUCAAAGAUCACUAUAUCUUUAAUUCUUCUAUGGUACAUUUUAGACUUAAUGAAAUAUUCCAGGUAAAAAAAUCUACUGGUGUUAAAUCAGACAAAUAUGCUGCUCAUGAUUAAGAUUCUCCAUUGUUAAAAAUUAAAUUUUUAUAAAUACAUGAAUUUGUAUAACAUAUUAUUAUUUUUAUAACAAUUUUUUUAAAUAGCUCUAAUUUCAUUAAAAUAGAUAGUAACUUUAGGAACAUCUUGUAUUACACAUAAUAAUUAUUUUCAAUUAACUUAAUUGCAGUUUUAUUGAUGUGAUCAGAAGAGUCAAGCUAUGUCCAUUUAUCACUUAAAUGGGAAGUGUUCAAUGUUGUUUGCACUAGCAAGUUUUGCAAUUUUAACACUCAUGACACUCAUGACACUAAUCAUGAUCAAUCUGACUUACGCCAAAAAGGAAUAGAUUUGAGUAAUCAGAAAAUCAUACAUAUUAUGUUACCUAUCAUACUAAAUUAUAUUUUGUGUGAUUUAUGAAUCAAUGUCUGCUUUGAAAGUUUACAUUUCAUUUAUUAUUUAGAUGCAAAGUAAUAAAAGAUUUCCACUAAUAAUUUCGCCUUAGUAUAAUAGUUUUCAUAAUCUUUGAUACAUUUAUAUGAUACAUUUAUACAUUUAUAUUGAUACGUUUAUACAUUUAUAUUCUACUUCUUUUAGUUGGCACGGUUUCUCAAGAUGGAUGCAACAUAAUAAGAAAUAAUGUAACUCGAAUAAGACUGUGACAUAAUCAAAAUUGUUGAAAAUAUAUUUUAAACAUAAUUGACAUUAUUUUAAUUGAUUGGAUUAAAGAUGAUUAUAAAAAAUAAAUCUUGUCGAAUGUGUAUCGCUUAAGUUAAUGUGAAUGUAACUCACCAAGAUGACAAUUGGAAAUAUUAUCUGUGGUGCAAAUACCCCAAAAGUGAAAAAAAAAAAAAUUAAGACAACUGAACGAAAUUGGAUAGAAGCAACAUUUCAAAAAAGAGAAUGUUCAAAAUUUAUUCCAUCUGCAGAAGAUGAACAUAGGUGUUGCUGUGGCAAUUCGUAUACUCAUCAUUGCGGAACUGGGGCAGAUGUUCAAAGUUAUACUAAUAAUAGCAAAGAAAAAGAUAGUGAACAAUGGUCUGUAGGAAAAAAUACUUGCGCUUUUCCCACCGAUGCGUACGGUACCAUAGAAUUUCAGGGCGGCCCGCAUCCUACAAAAGCACAAUAUGUAAGAUUGGCUCAUGAUACACGACCGGAACCAAUUGUACAGUUAUUAUGUCGAGAAUGGAAUUUAGGUUUGCCCAAAUUGUUAAUUACAGUCCAUGGUGGUCGAUCAAAUUUUGAGCUUCAACCGAGUUUAAAAAAAGUUUUACGUAAAGGCUUAUUGAAAGCUGCUAAAACAACAGGAGCAUGGAUAUUUACGGGAGGAACAAAUACAGGUGUUACGCGACAAGUCGGUGAUGCUUUAUUGCUGGAACGUUCUCAACGACAAGGUCGAGUAGUAAGCAUAGGUAUUGCUCCUUGGGGUAUUUUGGAUAAAAGUCACGAGUUAAUUAGUCGCGGUGGAGAAGUAUCAUACGAUUGUGUCUCCUCACCAUGGACCAAAUACACAGUACUUAAUAAUCGACAUGCUUACUUCUUAUUAGUAGACAAUGGUACUGGCGGUCGAUAUGGUGCAGAAAUUGUUCUUCGUAGAAGAUUAGAGAAAUACAUUUCAAAUUUAAAGUUGCAACCAUAUACACACAGCAGCAUACCUGUAGUUGCCUUAGUUAUUGAAGGUGGGACAAAUACAAUUCGCGCAGUUUUAGAAUACGUGACGGAUGAUCCACCUGUACCAGUAGUGAUUUGCGAUGGCUCAGGACGUGCAGCUGAUUUAAUUGCUUUUAUGCAUAAAUGGAGAGAUGGACAAACGGGUGAUGGAGAAGGGCCACUGGAGGGCGUUAAAGAACAAGUUUUGGAAACCAUUAAACGCACUUUUCAAGUUUCUGCUGAACAAGCAAGCCAGCUCUGUUCAGAACUUUUGCAAUGUACACGAAAAAAACAUUUGAUCACUGUAUUCAGGAUAUCACAAGAUAGGCCACAAGAACUUGAUCAAACUAUAUUGACAGCUUUGUUUAAAUCAAAACAAUUAUCACCAGCUGAGCAAUUGUCUCUUUCUUUAAUAUGGAACCGCGUAGAUAUUGCUCGAAGUGAAAUUUUUAUAUAUGGUCAAAAAUGGCCGCCUGGUGCUCUAGAACAAGCUAUGAUGCAAGCGCUUCAGCAUGAUAGAAUAGACUUUGUGAAACUUCUACUGGAAAAUGGAGUAUCCAUGCGGAAAUUUUUAUCAAUACCUCGUCUUGAGGAGCUGUAUAACACAAAGGAAGGUCCGUCAAAUACGUUAGGCUACAUUCUGCGCGAUGUACGGCCGAAUAUCCCACGAGGUUACAUGUAUACGUUACAUGACAUCGGUCUUGUGAUUAACAAAUUAAUGGGUGGAGCAUAUCGCGCCCAAUAUACACGUAGAAGAUUUCGCGUUAUUUAUACGCAGGUAAUGAAGAGAUCCGGUGGUGGUCAUCAGCAAUACAUGCAUCGGAAUAGUUGCAUUCCGAAUAAUAAUAUACGCUAUUAUGCAAGCUCUGGUGGAAAGUCCGAUCAAAGUGUGACCGUGAAUCUGCUCACUGAAACGUCACCGGCUAAUCGCGAUACUCCUCUUUUCCAUUACCCUUUUAAUGAACUGCUUAUUUGGGCCGUAUUAACGAAGCGUCAGCAAAUGGCCUUAUUAAUGUGGCAACAUGGGGAGGAGGCAUUGGCUAAGGCACUUAUAGCCCUGAAAUUGUAUAAGGCGAUGGCACAUGAGGCAGCUGAAGAUGAUUUGGAAACUGAAGUUUAUGAUGAAUUACGCGGCUAUGGCAAAGAGUUUGAAAACAUAGCACUCGAAUUAUUGGAUUAUUGCUAUCGACAAGAUGAUGAUCAAACGCAACAGCUAUUAACUUCGGAACUUCAAAAUUGGUCAGGGCAAACAUGCCUAUCUCUCGCAGUUACAGCGAACCAUCGACCGUUAUUAGCGCAUCCCUGUAGUCAAAUUAUUCUAGCCGAUUUAUGGAUGGGUGGCCUUCGUACGCGUAAAAAUACUAAUUUAAAAGUGAUUAUGGGAUUAUUCUGCCCUCUGUAUAUAACACGAUUGGAGUUUAAGAGCAGAGAAGAAUUGCAACUAAUGCCGCAGACACAAGAGGAACAUCUGAUAGCGCUAGAAGACGAGAAGGAGGACAGCGAUUCUGAACAAAGUACACCAGCAGGACCUGAUGUCGAGAAACAUCUGCACAGGAGCCUGAGCAAACGCGACAAAUCCAGCAGCCAACAAGGCGUAAAGGCUUUAAUUAGCGACGAGCACAAUACAACAAUAGUCAAGGAGACAAUUGUUCAAGAGAAUGGGAGAGUAUUAACAGACAAUGAUGAUGGAAUGUAUCGUAUUUAUGGUCUUCAAUCUGACUAUUACGAUAAUAAAACGACCAGACCAUUAAGAUUAAGAAAGAAAUUAUAUGAAUUCUAUACUGCUCCAAUUACAAAAUUUUGGGCAAAUGCUAUAGCAUAUAUUAUCUUUUUGCUUUUCUUUUCGUACUGCAUUCUGGUACAUAUGGACGAUCAUCCAUCAUUAGCCGAAAUAUACGCGAUUGCUUACAUCUGUACGCUCGGAUGCGAAAAAGUACGCGAAAUUGUAAUUUCGGAACCUGUGAAGCUGUCGCACAAGUUUAGCGUGUGGGCAUGGAACAUGUGGAACCCAUGUGAUGCUGCUGCAAUCAUAUUUUUUCAAAUUGGACUGGCUUUACGUUUGCGACAUUCAACUUUCGAUGUAGGUCGCGUCAUAUAUUGUGUUGAUUGUAUCUACUGGUAUUUACGAAUACUCAACAUCCUUGGUGUCAACAAAUAUUUUGGUCCUCUUGUGACUAUGAUGGGAAAGAUGGUUAAAAACAUGAUAUACUUUGUGGUACUUUUACUAGUUGUAUUAAUGAGUUUUGGUGUAGCGAGACAAGCUAUAUUAAAUCCAAAUUCUGAGCCAAAAUGGCGAAUAAUACGAGACAUAUUUAUGGAACCAUACUUUAUGUUGUAUGGAGAAGUGUAUGCCGAUAAUAUAGAUCCUGAUUGCGGGGAUGAACCAGGAAUGAUUCAGUGCCUUCCAGGUCGUUGGAUCACGCCUGCUGCAAUGUCCGUGUAUCUUUUAGUUGCCAAUAUUUUGUUGAUAAAUCUUUUAAUUGCGGUAUUUAACAAUAUUUUUAUUGAGGUAAAUGCUAUAGCUCAUCAAGUCUGGAUGUUUCAACGGUUUACCGUCGUUAUGGAAUAUGAACAGAAGCCGGUGUUGCCACCGCCUCUUAUAGUGGUUUGCCACAUAUAUUUAUUGCUAAGAUAUUUUUUGAGACACAUACAAGGUAAAAGUGGCACUGGUGAGACUUGCGACAAUGGAUUAAAAUUAUUCCUAGAGAGUGAUGACAUGGAACGGUUGUAUGACUUUGAAGAGGACUGCGUUGAAGGCUACUUCCGUGAACAGGAGCUCAAAUUACAAAUGUCUACAGAAGAACGCGUGAAAGUUACAACGGAACGAGUAGAGAAUAUGCAUCAGAAAAUUGAAGACAUCGAUAAGAAAGAAAGCACUCAGAAUGCAUCUCUUCAGGCAGUCGAAUUUCGUAUCCGCAAAUUGGAGGAAUUGAGUCAACAGACUGUGGCUCAUCUUGGAGUGAUUCAUCGUUUUAUGGCAACUUACAUGCCCAAUGAAGGAUUAUCCGGUUUAGAAACGUUAGAUAAUAUUCGGCAGCGUCGCGUAUCGGAACGAUCAGAGGCUUUUUCCGAAGCGGACUCUCACACGCAACUACCAACGGCCGCGCGGCGCAAAAGGCUUUUACGAUCCUUCACCGAUGCCGCUUUCUUGAACAUUGGACAUUUGACAGAGGACGAUAAGAUACCAGAGACUGUGACUUCUCGCGAUAAUCUAAGUAGACACGAUUCUUCUGCAAGUGUAAACGUUCAUGACGACAUCAAGACAACCAUAAGUUUGGAAACUGAAGGCAGCAAAAAUGUCCUUGAAGGCGAAGCAACCAGUAAAAAGGAAGUACCGUAUGAGAAAGAAAUGAGUAUGAGUAGAGAAGUGAGCAGAGAAGUAAGCAGAGAAGUCAGUGUGGAAAUUACUAGUAAGGAACAGAGUAAAGAAGUUAGUAGGGAGACUAGCAAAGAGGCCAGUAGCGAAAAUCCGCCCUCAGAUAUUAGGCAAGAUUCCGCGGAACGUACAUACCGUCAAGAUUCUAUGGAGCGUAGUGCGUACAGACAGAAUAGUAAAACCCGAUCAGAACCCGAUGAUAUUAUGUUACUUCCUCCGCCUGGUAUCCAGAGAGGUGUGACUUGGGCAGAACCACGCGUGGCUAUGAUUCCGUCCUCGGUUACUUCGGCCGGUAGUGCCCAAAGAUCAAUCCUGCUAACGAUGCGUGCAGAAUACACGAGCAUAACAGAUGAACUCGAGAGCUACUGCGGUUUAUUGAGUCCACCGCGGACGCCGCCGAUCUCGCCCCCGCCAUCGCGAAUGUCAGAGAUCUCGAAUCCCGCAAUGGCCUGGCAGAUCGAGAACGAACAUUUACGUAACGCGGAGGAGUGCGACUAUCAACAGAUGGAGGAUUUGAUACAACGACGUUACUGCGGCAACGAUGUCGACGAUGGGCCAUCAUCAAAUGCGCACAUGGACGAAACCGUCGUGAGUUUCCUCGACAUGCCCAAUGAACAUCGUCACUUGCGUCGAGUCUCUGCUGUCGAAGAGGAUUCUCGUCGACCGCCACCAACAAUUAGCGUAACACGUGAAAUCGAGCAAACACUGGCGCGACCAACGAUACGCGACUCGGAAACGGCUGAUCCGAAUAGCAAGAAUUUAAAUACCGUACCUGCCCCCGCCUCCGAAACUAUGUGUUAAAUAAUGAAGAGAGAUAUGCGCUUUGUAUAAUUAUUUUCCUUCAAGUCCCAAACAUUUAAUAUUUGAGACUCAAAAUAAUUAUUGCAUGUUAUCUAUUUCGUGAUCAUGUUUUUAUUAUCAAAUGUAGAUAUACUAUUUAUUGAUUUUUGAUAAUGUGAUUUGAUUAUUUUAUAAAUACAACAAAUUUUGGACAAUUUUAGCAAUUAUAUAAGAAAUAUAAUUAUAAUAUUUAAUAGUCAUCUCUCUUGUAAUACAUCAAAUUACAGUCAAGAUAUAUCUUCUGCAAAUUUUGACUUGAAAUAAUCUAUCACAAGCUCGUGAUAGAUUAUUCCAAUGCUUAUUGGUAUGUUAGUUAAUUUCGCAUAUAUGGCCUAAGUAGUAUUUUUUUUUAGCAAAUUAAGUAAUUAUGAAUUUUAUUGUAUAAUAAUGUGUAUUUUUAUCGAAUUUUACAUUAUAUUACUACACAUUAAUGUUUUUAACAUUCUAUAAUGAACGAGAUGUGUGUAUACAUACACACAUACGCACACACGCGCGCGCACACACACGCACACACACACACACACACAUAUACAGGGUGUCCCAAAACUAUCGGACUUCCUUUUAAUAGCAGAUUCCUUAGAACAUUUCAAGAUGGAAAUCCUAAUAGAAAAAUAUCAAGGCUGUAAUAAUUUUUAAACGGAAGCAAUUAUAUUUUACGAAUGAAAAAGCUGAGAUUUCGCGCACUUAGGCACGGCGAAAUAAUAAGUGAAAAAAGCUCUAUAAAUGGGAUGAUCUUUUUAUAAUAUUAUGAUUAUAAUAUAAAUUUAUAAUAGCAUUGUAAUUAUAUGGUCCCACUUCUUUACGCCUUGCAUUAAUGUAUUCUUUUUAUGAAUAAUGAAUGGGAGAACUAAAGGCAUCUCAAAAAUGGUUCAAGUAAAAUUUUGUGACAUGUUUCAGCUUCAGCUGUCAAAGUGAUCGAUCAAUGUUACUAUGAAGGUGCUUGCUAUGAUAUGCUAUGCAAGACAAAUAAAUUGUAAUAGAAUUGUAAUAUUAGAUUUGACAUUUUGAAAUAUUUUAGAAUCUGUAAUGAAAUACAAAUUAUUUUUAUAACAUAUCAUAGCAGACACCUUCAUUGUAAUAUUGAUCGAUCACUUUGACAGCCUGAGCGCACGAAAUCUCAGCCCUCUCAUUCGGAAAAUAUAAUCGCUUCCCGUUUAAAAACUAUUAUAGCCUCGACAUUUUUGUAUUAGGAUUUUCGUCUUGAAAUGUUCUAAGAACUCUGCCAUUAAGAGGAAGUUCGGUAGUUUUGGGACACCCUGUAUAUAUAUAUAUAUAUAUAUAUAUAUAUGUGUGUGUGUGUGUGUGUGUGUAUAUAUGUGCGCGCGCGCGCGUGCGUGCGUGCGUGCGUGCGUGCGUGCGUGCGUGCGUGCGUGCGUGCGUGCGUGCGUGUAUUAUUAUCAUUGAUCUUUCAAUAUGUUAUUGUACAUAAUAGAAGUGUUAAAUAUGAAAUCUUUUUUGUACUCUAAGAUUGUUUACUGCAUCUUAGAAAUUAUUUCUAGUGCAUCGAAUUAUAUGAAAGUCAUGUAUAUGUACUGUGUUCUAAGAAAAAAAAAGCAAUAUUGGCAUUUCUAUCAAUUAUUUGAUAGAUUCUGUGCAUUCAGAAUUGAUCCUUCCAUUUGAUGGAUUACAACUUUGAUUUUAUAUAUGCACAUUUAUUUAGCUACAAAUAAUAUUGUAGAAUAAAAUAUUGCAACAAGGAUAAAGCCGUUAAUAAUGCUGUGCAUAAAUAUUUAGCGAAUAAAUCGCAUCUUACAAUAGUUCACGCAUGGUUUAGAUGUAUCGAUUGGAACUGUAUAAAAACGUUAUAAAGAAUUAGGAUCAUGAAAUAUAGGCUCAUUAUACAAUCAAUUCUAGAUAUAAAUAAGUUGAGGCAAGUUACAGGACUGUAACUUUAUUAUCCUUACUGCCGAAUACUAUAAUCAAGAUAAUUUUUUGAGAUAUGUUUAGGGCCUUACACAACGCACUUUCUAUUGCGUUAGAUUUCAUGGACCAUUUGAAAGCAAACCAUAUCACGCAGAAGUUCUAGUGAACUAAGUCAGUCUGCGUUAGUACAAUUGCAUGUAUCUUAAAACAAAACUUUGAUAUAUAUUCCUAUAUCCUUAAAAUGCCUAAUGCAUAUAUAUAAUUAUAUAUAUGUUUGUAUAAUUUAAAAAAGUUAAGAAGAGAGAAAGUGGCGAAUUUAAGCAUAUUUAAAACAUUAAUAUUAAUAAUUUAAAAUAUAUUAUUUAAUUGUACUUUAAUAGAGGUGAUUUAUAUCGCUAUUUAUUUCAAUUUAUUAGCAAUUUUCUACAUUUUUGCUUAGAUUUGCUUAAAUUAAACAUUGUGUAUAAUAUUAGAUAAUAUAUUAAGCAGCUAUUUUAAUCAAUUUUUUUGUUACAAUAUGUUUGUUAUAAACAAUUUUUGCCGUGUGAGGCCGGUUUCUUUCUUAUGUACAUUUACGGCGCAAAUAAUUAUUUGCGAGAAGUUUUGUAAGUCAGUAAUAUAAAAUGAAAUUUUUAAAAAGAUUUCGAAUAAUGAAUUAAAUUAUGUAUAUACGUGAAUGUGUGAUACACAUAGCAUGUCCCAAAAUCAUCUUUAUCAAUUUGGAAUCGAUUUUUUCUUAACGAAAAUAUCGACAGAUUAUCAUUUAUGGCAAGAAUUUCCAAUUUUUUUUAUUCAUAUUUUUUUUCUAAGGUUUAAAAAUUCAAAUAAAAUUUUAUUAAAGUAUAUAUAUAUAUAUAUAUAUGAACUUCCCCCAUCUAUAAAAUCUAAAAAAUGUUUUAUUAUUUUUUUGACUUUUCAAAAUUUUUUAUUUAUGAAAAGUGUUUCUUUUUUAAUCGCUUGCAAUUUAAAAGUUAUUAAUGUUUUGAUAAGGAAAAACAGAAUCCAAAUUAGUCAAAAAACUGCCAUUUAAGGACAUUUGGUGGUUUUGGAACAUAUACAAGUUAUAUAUGUACAUAGAAUAUUCAAAUAUUUAUGCUACAAACUUUAUAUAUAUGUAAUACUCUUAUAUAUUGUUUGUAUAUAGUGAGCAAAGCUGUUUUAUACACGUAUAUCCAAAAAUGAAUCAUUUUUGAGUUACAAAAAUGCUUUCAAAAAUUUCUUAUGACGAAAAAAAAUAUUUUUAUUUUAUAACAAAAAAAUCGAUUUUUAAAUACAAAUACUAAUACUUUUAUUGAUAUUUUAAUGAUUAUAGUAUACUGAUAUAGUAUUUAAUGAUUAUAAUAUAUUGAUAUGAAAUUUGUGUUAUAAAUUUUUGAAUAUUCUAUACAAAAUCGUUAAUUAUAGAAAUAUAUUUAAAAAAUGAUAUAUUGAAACAUUUUAUAGAUAUAUAAAAUAUAAAUAUCAAAAAUCUUGUAGACAAUAUAGAUACGUGUAUACAUUUUUUGCAAGAAUAAAUUUAUGGCUUACAUUGAAAGUGUAAAUAAUACUGUACGAAAUGUACAAUGUGUACAUAGUGAAAGAAUUUAUUCAAAUUAUUACUUAUACAAAAUUGGCAAUAAGGACGUAGGGAAAUAACAAGUUUAUUAUCAUAAUUUUUAUUUAAAUAAUUUUGAAUUGCAGGUUUGUGCAAACUCAAUUACAUUAUAAUUUUUAAACUGUCUGAAUAAAACAGGUGUGAUUACAUUUUUCCAUUCUCCAAUAUUAACUUGAAUGUACUUAAAUGUGACCGAUAAAUAUUGGUUUUUUCUUAAAUAUAUGUAUAAGGGUUAUAUAUAAAUGAUGUGCGUGCGUGCGUGCGUGCAUGUGUAUACAUGUGAGAAUUUCUAACUCAUGAUGUUGAUGCUCCUAUAAAAUAAGGCUUCCUGAGUUUAUUAUAAAUUUUAUAAAUUAUAUUGUUGUGUAAAUUUUAAAAGUACAAUAUUAUAUAUAUUUGUAAAAUAUCUAUAAAAGAUAAAAAAAUAAUGGAAAUGGAAAUAUAAUCUAUUAUGAAUAAUAAUUAAUUGUUAAUUGAUUAAUUGCGCAAUAAAUUUAUUCAAUAUUUAAUUAGGAUAAUAUUAAUGUAGAUAUGACGUUAAUUUGCAAGAAGUUUUAAUAUGUUUAAUAAAUGUAUGUAUAUAAACACACACAUGUGCAUAUAAAUAUAUAUAUAUAUAUAUAUAUAUAUAUAUAUAUAUAUAUAUGGCAAAUUAUUUGCCAACAUUAAUUUUAUUUUCGUAUACAAUAAUGUAAAAAUUUUACGAUACCGACAAGUUUUGUUUUAAAAUUGUGCACAUACAUAUACACGAUAUAUGCAAGAAACUUCUAUGUAAAAUAUCAGAUAAUAUUAACGAUAAGAAUGCCAAUAUUAAUAUAAGAUUGAUAAUAACAUAUAUAAUGCACGAACUUCUACAUAUGUUUUCAUUAUGUAUUUAUAUUAAUUGUACUUAAUAU